AGAGGUGGUGAAAGCAGAGAGGGGAGGAAACACUGCGACGCAAGGAGGGAUCCCAGCAUCUCACUUCGCUGGGUAUUCAGUUCUGAGCUCUCUCCUGCUGGGGUAAAUCCCCUAAAUGUAGGUGCUUGACAUCUCCUCAUCUAUUUCCAAAGCAGUACUCCUCCUCUAGUCUACAGCCAUGAACUACCUGCGCCGGCGUCUGUCAGAUAGCACCUUUAUCUCCAACCUGCCUAAUGGCUACAUGUCAGACCUGCAGAAACCAGAUCCUCCUCAACCGCCCCCUCCCGGACCAGCCUCAGGACCAGCUCCGGUGUCCCCGGGCCAGGAGAGAAAACCUAUCCAACCCCAGCCUUUAGGGACGGGAUUCUUCAGCUCCAUCACGAAUGUGGUGAAGCAGACGGCCGCCUCAGCAGGGCUGGUGGAGCAAACGGCUGUGCCCGCAUCAUCCAAAAGACAGAAGAUCCUGCUGGUCGUCGAUGAACCACAACAGGACUGGGCCAAACUUUUUAGAGGGAAAAACUUGAAUGGAGAUUAUGAUAUUAAAGUUGAACAGGCUGAGUUUGGUGACAUUAGUGUUGUGGCUCAUGCUAAUGGAUCAUGUAACGUGGCUGUGCAGGUUCUGCAGAAUGAAAACAAAGUUGUCAGGUCAUUUAAGCCUGACUUUGUCCUGAUCCGACAACAUGCGUACAGCAUGACGGAGAAUGAGGACUUCCGUAACUUAAUCAUCGGACUGCAGUACGCUGGUAUUCCCAGCAUCAACUCCCUGGAGUCUAUUUACAAUCUCUGUGACAAGCCCUGGGCAUUUGCAUGUCUGAUCAACACAUACAAGAAACUCGGGCAGGAGAAAUUCCCAUUAAUUGAACAGACAUUCUAUCCCAACUAUAAAGAAAUGGUGACCAUGCCAGCGUUUCCUGUUGUUGUGAAAAUUGGGCACGCUCACUCUGGUGUGGGAAAGGUGAAAGUGGAGAACCACACAAAGUUUCAGGACAUAGCUAGUGUGGUGGCCAUCACUCAGACCUACAGCACGUGUGAACCUUUCAUUGACGCCAAAUAUGACAUCAGGAUUCAGAAAAUAGGGCAUGAUUACAAAGCCUACAUGAGGACGUCCGUCUCAGGUAACUGGAAGUCCAACACUGGCACUGCCAUGGUGGAGCAGGUGGCUAUGACAGACAGGUAUAAGCUUUGGGUUGACACCUGCAGUGAAAUAUUUGGAGGCCUCGAAAUUUGUGCUGUUAAAGCUAUUCAUGGAAAAGAUGGAAAAGAUUACAUUACUGAGGUAAUGGGUUCGUCUAUGCCGUUAGUGGGGGAGCAUCAGGCCGAAGACCAGCAGCUAAUAGCUGACAUGGUCAUUGCCAAAAUGAAUCAUGUUAUGGCACAAAAUCCCAACAGACCAACUGCUAUUCAAACAAGAAAGAAUGCUGUUGAGAAGGAUGCCAUGGUUGAAGCAAAGAACGUCCCACCACAGAAAGCUCCUCCACAAGGUUGCUUGCAGUACAUUCUUGACUGUAAUGGUGUUGCAGUGGGACCAAAAUUAGUGCAGGCAAACUAAUAUAACCAUGAAAGCUCAAAGCAUUUAAACUCCUGACAGGUUGUGUUCAAACAUUUACACAGGGACCUGAGGUGCAAGGGAACAAAUAAUCUGUAAGAAAAGUUAGUUCGGGCCUGAUCCGUAUUUCAGGCUGUACUGUGUAACUUUCACUGUUAUGCGCUUGUGGUGGUUGCUUUGUCUCUGUGUGAAGCGGUUGUCUCUUCAGGGUUGUUGUGUGUGGUGAUACAGCAGAUUGUGCCUAGUGUUCAGUGCCACUCUUUCCUAUGUACUUAUUUUUUUCUUGUCUCAUGUCUUGUGUUAUGUUUCAGUAAAUGGUGUUACAGUAUGUGUGUGUGUGUGUGUACCUUGUAUUCCCAUACAGCUAAUAAAUCAUACAGUAUGGAGUUUUUUGAAAAUCUAAAAAUGCAGAAACUUUUGUCUGAGGAAUAAGUUUAGGGGUAGGGGUAGGGGUAGGGGUAGGGUAAGGGCAUAGAAAACACAGUUUGUACAGUAUAAAAACCACUACAACUAUGGAAUGAACCAAUAAAACAUGGAAACUAGUGUGUGUGUGUGUGUGUGUGAGAGAGAGAGAGAGAGAGAGAGAGAGAGAAUGAUUGUACAUAUACAUACAAUCAUAGUCUGUACAUAUACAGACUAUAAAAUAUAAAUGAACAUUUUAUUGCAUGAUCAAAUGUGUGUGUCAUUGUAUGUUGAGAGGUAAAGUGUGUAUUUUCUUUUGUGACAUCACUGUUGAAAUAAUAGAUAUCAUACUGUAUGCACUUCUAGUAUUGUGAAUGUGUUGUAAAAUAUGGUGAAAUGUAUUUGCUACAAUGGAUGAAAGCUAUAUUACUAACCAUCAAUAACUUUUUGUUCUUGUUACCAAUAUUAUUGCAGAAUUGCAAAUAAAUAAGCAAUAAAAAUAAAACUCUGAACAAAUACUGAACACUCUUAAACACUGGUUUGUAGAAAUGUAUACAUGGCACUUUCCACAAAUAGGUCACUGAUUUUUUAUUUUUUUCCUCCCACAACAGCUAGUAAGUGAAAAAAUGUGCUUAACCUUUAGACAAUGUUGACUGUCAAAAAGUCAAAAUAAAAAUAUAUUGUUUCA